AUGGGAGGAGGAGAGCUACCAGGGCUUUUGGUGAAUGAAAUCGGUGGCAGACAUGGGAUACUGCACAGCCACCUGGCGUUCCUGAAGAAACAUUUCUACCUCAUCACCAUGAAGGAUUUCCUUGAAAACAAGGAGCAUAUGAGUAAAAAGGUCCAGGCGAUCUAUUUGUGGUGGCACAAACCAGUCAUUGACCGAGAGCUCCUCCAGAGCCUGCCAAACUUGAAAGUGAUUGCGAAUUCAGGAGUAGGGAUGGAUCACCUGGACCUGAAACUUAUAGCAAGCUUUGGUGUGAAGAUGGCUAAUGCUCCCCAUGCUGUUUCCACCAGCACAGCGGAUACUGGGAUGGCUUUGAUGCUGGCAUCUGCUAGAAGACUAGUGGAAGGUAACAUCUCA